AACAAAGCUUACAAAACUUGAUAAGAAGUUUCAUUCAGCAAAUCAGCAAAUUUUGUUGUUAGUUGAUGGUGCAAAGAGUCAUUAUAAUUCUAAUAAAAAAUUGAGUAGUGAAGAAGAAUCAAGUAAUAAUAAAUCAGAAAGUGAAAAUAAAGAAGAUGAAGAAUUAAAAAAUACUAAAAUUGAUGAUUCUACUUAUACUGUUCAAGACCUAGAAGAUGUAGAAAAGAAUGAAGUUGAUGAAUUAAUUAUAGACCUAAUGACAAAUCUGUCAGAUCCAACAAUUAAAUGCCAACUAAAUGAAUUCAACAACAUGAAUGAUUCUCAAAUACUUACUGAAAAUCUUCUUAAUGAAAAGAAAAUUAUUAACAUUGUAUUAGAUGAGCAAUAA